GCCCGGGUCGGCUUUUACCUGCGUAAUCCCUCCUCACCCACCUACCCUGGGCACAGGGGCCAGUAUCAACUUCCUCUGGAAAACACAGAGGAGGCCCAUAAACACUGCCUGCCUCUCUAAGAGGGAUGGUGAGAUGCUUGGCUCCUCCUUCCCUCAGCCUGACAAGGGGCAGUCCCUGAGCCUUUCCCAAAGAGACCCCUGAGACGAGGCCCAGCCCACCGUCCUGCCCGGGGGGAUUAGCCAUAUCUCUUUGCCCCCGGGUCAGGAACCAUAGGAAAGCUUCCUCCUGCUGCACCUACCUCCUCCCUCUCCACCAGCAAGGUCCCUCUGCAGUGUGUGGGGGUGGGGGCACCCAUUCCUGCCACCUGCCUCUAGUGGGAAGAGAAGCAGUAACCCCAGCCAGCCUCCUUGGAGGUGCCCAGGUAGGAAGUUUCGAUGCUUGGCUUAAGAUGUCUUCUCUUCUCCUGACAUUGUUGCCGGAGCCUGUCAUAAGUAACAUAAGGCUGUCAGGACCUCCAGACCACACACCAUUCUUUCCUCCCAGUCUGGAAGCCCUACAGCCUUUGCUGUCUGCACUGGGGGCACAAACUGUUUAUAGCAGGAGGGGAUCCCUGAGCAGCCUGUGGGGUGCGACGUUGGCUGUGGGCAGCCUCCAGAAGGGAACUCCCUGGGCCCCCUGGGAUCACAAGCUUUCAGGUCUGGAAGGGCCAACUUUUGGGCUCUUGUCUCUCAAGCUGUGUCCAGGCAGAGGCCCAAGCCUUGGCCAGGAAGUCUUGGUGACCCUGUGACCUUCCCCAAAGGGGGUUCCUGGGAGAGGCCUGUCCUUAUUCCUGUCCCCCACUUCUCCCCACAUGGGGGAUGGAGGGACUGAUUGUUCUAGGGAUGGAAGCCUGGGGAAGCAUUGAUUGUCCCCAGUGCCAAGCCCAGCAGGGGCUAGAGGGGCUUUUUCUGCCACACACUAAGUUCAGUUCAGCUGAGGUCUUGGUGCUUUCAGCUUGUCUAAGGCCACCCUGUUCUUCUCUAAUUAAAGACACCCCCCACCCCAACCACCACCACCACCAAAGUCCCCAUCUUCAGGCCCCUGCUCUCAAGCCAGCCAAGUUCUUAGGCUGACUGGUUCAGAUCAGACUCUUCUAUGAGGGUCUCUUUGUCCAAGGACAUCAGUGUCCCAGCUGCUUUGGGAAUCAAUCAGUGGGGAAGACCUCCGCAACCCAGAUGCCCCAGGGAGUUGAAACUUACAGGCGAAAAGAAUGACAGGUCAACGUUCUGUGACUUGAGAUGCACCUUCUCUUCUCAGGUUCACCGCAGCUUAAAGUAUCUGUCAUCUGGGAGUGCUUUCUCUCCCCAGCCUCCCUGGGAGGCAAGGAAGGGCCAUUCACAACUGACCAUUAAGGUCCUGAAAUAAAGAUACUAUCCAGACUCAUAAAAGAUGUUUCCUUCCAACCAGAAACAGUGCCCCCCACCCCCCUCGCGGACUCCUAGUUGAGUGCACACUUCUAACCAGGCCCCUUAAUUUGUCUCCCACUUAAAUGGCAGCUCUGAAGUUUCUGGGCUGCCAGCCUCCCAUUGUCUUGAACCCAUGCUCCUCAGAGACCAAGUGCUAACAUCUCCCCUGUUGACGCUACGGAAGCGAUGGAGUGGUGGAAUUGAUACAGGUUGCUAUGAGUAGAGGUGAGGUGUCCUAGGGUUAGGGGAGUCCCUUGGGCAAAGUCCCCUCUGUCGUGGGGCUCCUUGCAGGGAAAUCUAGGAGCAGAUUUCUGAAGACAGUGAGGUUCCCCACUGCAAAAAAAAGAAAGGGACACUUGGGAAGAAGUGUGGGGACCAUUCCCACAAAAAUCUGUACGGGGGAAUAUAGGGUGUCUCGUCCUACUCCAGCACUGCUUAAAGGUAAGGUGAAAGAAAUUGAUUAGGGGAUUGAAAUCCUUUGGGAAUGGGUAUCCUGGGUGGCUGUCCUCAAGUGCUGAUGGGCCGGGUCACUUGGGGACAGCUCAUAGUCCUGAGGCAGACCACGGUGUCCUUGGGGGUUAACAGGAGAGGUCAAAUGGAUCAAGAGCCUGUGCUGCAGGCAGACAUUGGGAGGUUGGUGCUGUGCCCACCAGGGUAGGCAGCGGGCAGGCGUCAUGGGGCAGCCAAUCAGAGGAGGAGGGGACUGCAGAGGAACCAAGUGAUCCUGCUGCAGCUGAGCUGUCCUUGGACGGUGGGAGCCAAGGGAAGGGGAGGAGGAGAGGGGGUGGGGAAGGACAUUCCACAGGCUUUUUUGGCCCCUGCCAGAGACAGAAGGGGGUCAAAGAGAAAAGGAAAGGAGCAAGCCAGGAAGCCAGACAACAAGAGCAUCAAAACAAGGCUGUUUCUGUGUAUGAGGAACUUUGCCUGGGAGAUAAAAUUAGACCUAGAGCUUGCUGACAGGGAGUCUGAAGCGUGGGACAUGGACCGUUCACUGGGAUGGCAAGGGAAUUCUGUCCCUGAGGACAGGACUGAAGCUGGGAUCAAGCGUUUCCUGGAGGACACCACAGAUGAUGGAGAACUGAGCAAGUUCGUGAAGGAUUUCUCAGGAAGCGAGAGCUGCCACCCACCAGAGGCUAAGACUUGGGCAUCAAGGCCCCAAGUCCUGGAGCCAAGGCCCCAGGCCCCAGACCUCUAUGAUGAUGACCUGGAGUUCAGACCACCCUCGUGGCCCCAGUCCUCUGACAGCCAGCAGUACUUCUGUGCCCCAGCCCCUCUCAGCCCAUCUGCCAGGCCCCGCAGCCCAUGGGGCAAGCUUGAUCCCUAUGAUUCUUCUGAGGAUGACAAGGAGUACGUGGGCUUUGCAACCCUCCCCAACCAAGUCCACCGAAAGUCCGUGAAGAAAGGCUUUGACUUUACUCUCAUGGUGGCAGGAGAGUCUGGCCUGGGCAAAUCUACACUUGUCAAUAGCCUCUUCCUCACUGAUCUGUACCGGGACCGGAAACUCCUUGGUGCUGAAGAGCGGAUCAUGCAAACUGUGGAGAUCACUAAGCAUGCAGUGGACAUAGAAGAGAAGGGUGUAAGGCUGCGGCUUACCAUUGUGGACACACCAGGUUUUGGGGAUGCAGUCAACAACACAGAGUGCUGGAAGCCUGUGGCAGAAUACAUUGAUCAGCAGUUUGAGCAGUAUUUCCGAGAUGAGAGUGGCCUGAACCGAAAGAACAUCCAAGACAACAGGGUGCACUGCUGCCUGUACUUCAUCUCACCCUUCGGCCACGGGCUCCGGCCAUUGGAUGUUGAAUUCAUGAAGGCCCUGCAUCAGCGGGUCAACAUCGUGCCAAUCCUGGCUAAGGCGGACACACUGACACCUCCCGAAGUGGACUGCAAGAAACGCAAAAUCCGGGAGGAGAUUGAGCGCUUUGGAAUCAAGAUCUAUCAGUUCCCAGACUGUGACUCUGAUGAGGAUGAGGACUUCAAAUUGCAGGAUCAAGCCCUAAAGGAAAGCAUCCCAUUUGCAGUCAUUGGCAGCAACACUGUAGUAGAGGCCAGAGGGCGGCGAGUUCGGGGUCGACUCUACCCCUGGGGCAUCGUGGAAGUGGAAAACCCAGGGCACUGCGACUUUGUGAAGCUGAGGACAAUGCUGGUACGUACCCACAUGCAGGACCUGAAGGAUGUGACGCGGGAGACACAUUAUGAAAACUACCGGGCACAGUGCAUCCAGAGCAUGACCCGCCUGGUGGUGAAGGAACGGAAUCGCAACAAACUGACUCGAGAGAGUGGUACUGACUUCCCCAUCCCUGCUGUCCCACCAGGGACAGAUCCAGAAACUGAGAAGCUUAUCCGAGAGAAAGAUGAGGAGCUGCGGCGGAUGCAAGAGAUGCUACACAAAAUACAAAAACAGAUGAAGGAGACCCAUUAACUGGCUUUCAGCCCUGGAUAUUUAAAUCUCUUCCUCUUCUUCCUGUCCAUGUCGGCCCCUCCCAGCACCAGCUCUGCUCAGGCCCCUUCAGCUACUGCCACUUCGCCUUACAUCCCUGCUGACUGCCCAGAGACUCAGAGGAAAUAAAGUUUAAUAAAUCUGUAGGUGGCU